AUGCCAAAAUCAUUAGGCACUCCAUCUGGCACUCGCAGAAUGCAUUCGCUCCAACGAACGGCUGGCAGGUACUUCUACCAGUGGGCUGUGCAGAUUGGAGAUCAAUUGACGCGAUUCAUCGAAGUCAAAGAGUCGAAAGAAAAGGCUGUACUCAAGAUGGAGGACUCGAUGGAGGAUUUUUUCGAUGACGAUGGUCAUGUGCUUGCAGCCAUCGUCAACGAUGCAUCCGGUGAGAAAUGUCCACCAGCGUUGCAGUUGAUCGCCAUGCUACUGCUUCACGAGAUUACCUCCUUUCUGAGGGAGACAUUUCGAACGAUUCCGCGAGCGAAAAACAACAAGGGGCUUAAUCAAAUGAAAGAUGGAUCUGCUCCUCGCAUGGCAAGUGUUAUAGUGAACGAACGUGAGCGCCGGAUCAGCCUCUCGACAGCAGAAGAGGACUCGCCAAGAGGUUCGAAAGACACUAUUGAGGAUGCGGUAAACGAGAAGCGA